UGACUCCCCUAACACGGUUUUCGUGGACCAUAUGAAAACGUUUUUCAUAACGUGCGAGCUGCAUUUGGGAGUAACAGCGCCGACCGAACUUUGGACUUUCCGAGUUCAAAGUACAAUUUCUUUCAGGAUAUACACUUAUGGGAGAUGAGCCAAACGAACGGACAGAUAUUCAGUAAAGGACAAUUUCACGGGACGUCUCGUAAUUUGGAUACCGAACUGCAGGAAGCUGACAGUGCUAAUUUUCCGAUGCAGCCUGAGGCUGAAGCCAGACGUAUCCAUUUUACAAAAAGCUCGGAUAGCAAAGGCGACUCUUCUAUACUCGAGCCAGACAAUGCAGAGGAGAAUGCGUAUGGCCCCUUUCUUUCUGACCUGCACGACUGUUGCACAGAUCAAAAAUCCUCGCUACCAACUGCGCCCCGUAACAGACGGAAGAUAAAUCCUCACAGUGACGCCUGUGUUUCGAACAGUUGCUCCGAGUCAGCCUGCACCACCAUCUCAGAAACUGCACGAGAGCUGUGCAAGGCUGUCUCCGUCUCUCUUGGUUUGAACAUGGACUCAAAUGAGAUGAACGAACCGGGGCAUAAUCUCGCCUCAUCUCUCGCAAGUGACCUACGUAAAAACUUUAUGUUUGAAGUGCCUUUUUUGGGAAGUUCUGGAACCCAAGAAAGUGUCCCGCGGGCAGAAUACAAAUGCGCCAGAUUACAUGAUGGCCAACUGUUACAAAAUGACGAACUUUCUGGAAUGUUUAAAACUACCCAUGUUCAAGGCUUGACGAAUGAGGUUGCACCUUCACAUCUCAGCUCUUCAUAUUCAAACUGGGACACACAAGAGACAAGACUAAAUGCAGAGACUGAAACCUCAGCUUCUAAGGAGCAGGCGAGUUGCAUGACUAUGGAUGCAGCGCAUUCUGGUUUCUGUCAGUUUGACCAACUCUUGCCAACAACCCUGGCACAAUACAGUCAGAUAGAUCCAUUGUCAAUGGGUCGGAGCAACUUUAGGUCCCAGUUCUUUUACAAAACUUUGGCUCUUGCCAACGAGGCAGCCGAGCAUGUAGAAGGACGAUAUGUGGACAGUUCAAUACAAUAUAGUCCCAAGAUUAAGACCGAGAAUUUACAGAAUCAGUCUGGGGGCUCAUGGGAUCACCAGUACAGAUACAAUGAAAAUUGGCACUCACAAUAUGGACCCUCAAGACACGGUCUCCAUCCAUACUGUACGGAGACAAAUAAUCAAUUUGUUGUUGAACCGUUUGAUUACCAAAGAGGGGGCGGUCUGCUCCCGAGGGAUAGAUCUGCAUCGGAGUCGUGGUUCCCGGGUGGGAUGCUGAGCAAGAUGCCCUCCACAAAUCUUCCUUGCCUGAAGACUGAAGUUGCAGACUGGCUGGAAGUACCUUGCUCUGACAGAAUGCUGCUUGAGGGUGGCCGGGAGCAUGUGUUUCCCAUGGAGUUCUUCUUUCCGCCCCAGAGGACCUGCCUGAUUUGCGCAGACGAGGCAUCCGGAUGCCACUACGGGGCGCUUACAUGUGGCAGCUGCAAGGUCUUUUUCAAGAGAGCCGCUGAAGGAAAACAGAGGUAUCUUUGUGCAAGCAGGAACGAUUGCACCAUUGAUAAGCUGAGGCGGAAAAACUGCCCUAGUUGCCGCCUGAAGAAGUGCUUUGAGGCUGGAAUGACGCUUGGAGCUCGAAAAUUGAAGAAAAUUGGACAGUUGAAACCCCCGGAUGAGCUUCCCACCCAGGCCCCGACAGAUGCCAUCCAGUGCAUCUCUCCAACACCUGGCCUUAGCUUCCCCACCCAGUCGGUUUUCCUGAACAUCCUGGAGUCCAUCGAGCCAGAGGUGGUCAAUGCUGGCCACGACUAUGGCCAGACCGACUCUGCUGCCACUCUCCUGACGAGCCUGAAUGAACUCGGGGAGCGACAGCUUUUCAAAGUCGUCAAAUGGGCCAAGGGGCUGCCAGGUUUCCGAAAUAUGCAUGUCGACGACCAAAUGACUGUCAUUCAGCAUGCCUGGAUGGGAGUUAUGGUGUUUGCCUUAGGAUGGAGGUCCUACAAAAAUGUGAAUGCCAGAAUGCUGUACUUUGCUCCUGACCUUGUAUUCAACGACCGCCGGAUGCGUGUCUCCAGCAUGUACGAGCACUGCAUCCGGAUGAGGCACAUGUCCCAGGAGUUUGUCCUGCUCCAGGUCACUCAUCAGGAGUUCCUCUGCAUGAAGGCACUGCUCCUCUUCAGUAUCAUCCCAGUGGAGGGUUUGAAAAAUCAGAAGUACUUUGAUGAUUUGCGGAAUACCUACAUAAAUGAACUGGAUCGCCUCAUUAACUGCAGCAGAAAGACCAACUGUUCGCAGAGGUUUAUCCAGCUGACCAGACUCAUGGAUUCCCUCCAACCAAUUGUGAAGAAGCUUCACCAGUUUACAUUUGACCUUUUUGUCCAGGCACAGUCCCUUCACACGAAAGUCAACUUUCCAGAAAUGAUCGCUGAGAUAAUCUCAGUGCAUGUCCCAAGAAUCCUGGCUGGCAUGGCUAAACCAAUCCUGUUCCACAACUAGCAGGAUUCCUUAUAAUCCUGAGUUAGCUGCCCAUUCCCUGCCGGUUCUACACAUAACGAGCAAGGCUGUCUAGUGUAUCUUUCGGUUUUUCUUCCUAAUAGCUCAAUGUACCAUUCAGAACCAUUACAGUACCUUAGCUGCGUGUCAAACAUAAUUGAGAUCAUUUCCUGAAACAGGCAUGGUUUUAGCAUCAAUCUUAAGGGGUAGAGGGUGUCACCUGGCGCACAGCACUUCUGAAUUUCCAAAAUUCUUACCCCCAUUUUUUUUAUAUACAAGAAUGGGUGCUAUGAAGGCUGUGGGUAAAAUAAGAUUUAAGUAACACAAGAGUACAAUUGUUGCAUUACAGUAACUAAGGUUUACAAGAUCAGUGGCAGGUAUACAUGUCUAUGCAUAUGUUUAUGUAUGAAGCCGUGUUAAACAUGUAUCUGUGGUCUGGGUAUUUAAACUGCUUUUCUCAUUUGCUUAAAAACAAUAUAUACAUCAGAAAGGACACAGCUGUAUCAAUCUGUGUAUUCAGGACAUACAGGUAUAUAUUUACAAAUAUAUAUACUGUACAUACACACACAUUAAAGUUUUGGGUAACUUUUCUCAGUAUUGCCUAUAACAAUAUAAUUACUGGUACCAAAAGCAACUUGAAAUGGUACUAAAUCAUUUUAUUUAUUGAUGCAAAAAUGUUAUCCUCUCUAAAAAUAAAAUGAAAGGAGAACCUCUUUUUAACUACAGGCCAUUUAAACAAGUCUUUUUAUGGCAAAAGUAUUUUGCUUGUACAAGAUAAAUUUAAUAAAAUUAUAGUAUGGUAAAAUGAAAAAAGACAUCUUAACAGGGACCAUCUGAAAUAGUUAAAAAUGAGUAUCACCAUACCAAAUAAUUCAAAGGUUUUUUUUCCCAUGUUUUAAAGAAUUAGCAGCUAUGAGAAUACUGAAAGCAGAUCGGCCAAUUCUUCACUUAAUCUUUACAAGUCAAUUGUCAGGAAGUCUAUUUAAACAUAGUGUAACACAGGGAUUGAAAUAGCUGCAUGUUCUUUGUGAAAUGACUUUUUUUUGUGUGGAUGUUUUACCAUUUGUCUAUCUUAUCAUAGUGUAUUUGUAUGGCCUUAUGUGUUCCAAUGCAUGAAAUUAAUGUGUGUGAAAUUUUGGGAAAUUUAAUGUCUUUAAAAUCAGCCAUACUGAACAUGCCAAGGCCGUCAUCUCUUUUUAUUACUGUUAUGAGUUCACCAGUAAUAUUUAGGCCAUCUUUUGCGUUGAGCAUAUUUUCAUACAAACAUUUAAGUAUGAGCAAACAAAGUGUACGGACCAUAUAUUGUAGAUAUUUCAAUGUGUCUUUUAAAGCUAUAUGGGAAGAUCUGCAUGCAAACCUCAAACAUUUCUCAGUGUAGAAACUUUCUAAUAAAUGCAAAUGGUCAAAGUAUAGUACCAUCAGAAAACCUUUAGAUGUGUUUCUUUUUGAUAUAUGGUCAUACACAAAUUGAAUACAAUUGGCAAGCUACCAUAAGUGGAUAAUUAAAAUCCAAUUUCAUUUUUUUUUUUUAUAAAUAAAAUUUUAAAAAGUUUGUUUUUUAUGAGAACCUUUUUACAUUUUGUGCUUUUGGAAAUAAGAUAUUUCAGAUGUCUACCAAAGGUAGCUUACAUUCUGUCAAAUAAUAUAGCUUGCUGUAGGUGUGCAAUUCUUACACAUUUUAUGAGAUGUGUUGCAUUAUGUCUGCAAAAAAAAAAACAAAAAAAAAAAAAUACAUGCACAAUUUGCAUUAAAGUGCCAAACAGGCACAUCUUUCUCUGCACCAGCAAUACAUGUUUUAGUUACCACAUGCUUAUACAGGCAAUGCUUUAAAGCUCUUUAGUAACAUGUCUACUGCUUUUGAAAAAGAAAAAAAAAGUAUGUUUGGAAUUUAAUUGCAUACUGUACAGUGCAUUCAGUGUUGAUGUUUAGUCCGUUUAUAAAGCUUCCUCAAAUUUUGCAAACAAUCAAACCUUUGUAUAUGGAAUAUUCACAAUUUCCAUCAUAACUGGAGACAGUUUUAUAAAUACUGUAGGGAAAAUGGCUGUCUGUGCUGACCUUAGGGGUGACUCCAUACCUUGGGGGGUUAAUCUGAUUUUAGAGAUAAAUAUGAAAUUUGGGGUGAACUCAAAAAUUGGAGAGAAUUUGAAGCACUAAAUCUGAACUGAAAAAGAACAUCAAUACUAUAGUUGGGUUGCAUUACUAACUUUUUUUGAACAACAACAUAACAACAAAUCUUGUCUAGUUAUUGACUCGAUAUUUGUUGUUUUAUAUGUUAUUGGGCUAACAGCUAUAUCUGUAUCUCAUCAUAUUCAGUGUAUUCUAUAGCUCUGUAGAUAUAGUUUGGUUUUUUAGACAUGUUUGUUUAUUAUUACAGUAACCCCUUAUUAUCAAGUGGAGGAUUUGAGACUUAAUAUAAGAGCAAAACAGAAAAAAGAAAAGCAACCUGACACUCUAAAUAGGCCAUUGUAAGAAUAGGUUGUCAGAAUACACUUUGCGGUUGGCAUUCAUGAGCACUGUGCAAUUAUUUGCAGGUGUUUUCCCUUUUAUAACAACACCAAAUACACAUAAUUAGAAUAUGUAUGACUUCAGAGUGAAAUUUCAGGCUUAUAUUACAUAUAUUUUACGGACAAAAAACAUCACGUUGCUGACAGUUGUUUUUUUUGUUCGUUUUUUUUCAUUACAUCCUCCAUAAUAAUGUGAGGACCCCAUUAUUUAAAGUGUGAGGUGAAUUGAUAUGAAAGAAAAGUGUUGGUAAAAGAAUAAGUACAGGAAAGGGAUCAAAUACCACAUUAAACGAGGAUUACAACACUCACUUAUUUAUAUUUCAUUUUCCCAUGUAUUUAGAUCAUAUGAUAAACAUAACAUGAAACUUACACACUGUUGUGCAGCUGAAGAAAGUGUCUAAAAUUUGUGAGACAAAACUGACUCUUGUUAUGGCUUUGUUCAGUUUUUGCUACUGUGAAAUAUAAACUUUUGUAUUACAGCAUAUAGUCAUGUUCUUUAUUGCAUGUAAAGUAAAAGGGCAAAAAAUUACUUUAAAACAAACAUUAUCUGAGCAUGUUCAUGAGAAAAUAGAAACAUUUCCAUCAUCUCACCUACAGGCGAAAAAAGAAAAAUGACUCUCAGACCUAGUCCCAAUGGAAACCUUUCUAGGAAUUCCCUUUCCUCAGUUACUCUUGUCAUUUAACAAAAGUUUUAACCUUUGAUUCAGAAGUAGAAAGAAUAUCAUCCAUAUUCAUUGGCCUUCUGUGUGAUACGAGGUGAUUAUCUCACAGGUUUUUGGUUUUCUUAGAGAAGAUGCCAGUAUAUCUUCAUCAUCUUUGGCUUCUCAUUUGAUCUGUUGGUUACAUAAUAAGUUUCUCAAAAGUCUUAGUUUUUCUACUUUGAGACACAUUUCAGCUUCAUAUAUAAAGCUAUACAGUAUAUAUGUAUAUACAUUCAUAUAUAUAAGAGGAAAUUGAAUUCUACAAAAUUCUUCACAUGACAGAUUAUACAGAGUAUAAUUCACUCAAGGUGGCCCAAUAUUUGAAACAUUACUUUGCUCCAUCCAAGCGCUUAUCACCCACAUUUUGCAGAAGGCUUAAAACUGGUAUCGCUAUGUUGAGUAAAGUUACCACUGGUCUGAUUAUUAGUCGGAUUAUUGAAAUUCUGGAAAUUGGUGUAUAUUUAUGUCACUUUAGAUUUUUGGAAAGUAAUCCAAAUGACUUCAUUCCUGAUGCAUUCAUACCUCUGAGGUUUUAGAGUAUAUUAACAGGUUCCUUGCUGGUGAAGAUAAAUAGCUAAAAUUCACUUUCGUAAGUGAAAUCUCUUCAGACAAAUAGUCACUUCAGUUUAACAGCAAAGCAAAAACACAGUUGCAACACAAGGGUAUGAGGCUACUUUUUUUUGGUAGUAUCAACAGAUUUUCCAUUCACUGCAGAAAAUAAAUAAGCUACACAGCUACAUUAACUAAAGGCGAGACUACUUGACAAGGCAGAGUAACAUGUUUAUCCAUUACUUUGCCUUGAAUGUUAAAAUAUGUUUUUAAUUGACAUUUUCAGUGAUAUUUGGAUAGGGGAAAAUGCUGUUAUUAAAGCUGGAUGUACACCCUGAUCAUUUAAAUAUCUGCAUAAAGCUGUUUGUAUGUAUUAAUUAUACUCACCAGAUUUUGUGUAAAUGAUAUAAUGACUUUGUAACUGACAUAAACAUUUUUUUUAUUUCUGUUUUUGAAGACAACUGAGUGAAACUGAUUUGGACUCAUACAAAAGAAAAUCAACAGUCUAUGUGUCUUACUGUCUUCUGUACUUGAAUUUUCUGUUGACAUAUUUGUUUACCAGUUUUUAAGGUUGCCAAGCCUGGGGCUGCUUUCAAUGUAUUAAAGUAAAUUCUGGCUACCUAAAUGAAAUUUGUUACCUAACCUAUGUACAUUUAUGGGUUAUCUUUUUACAAGAUGUUUUCAUGUGAGACUUCUUUGUUUAUAAUUUAAGACUGGCCCUGUUUCAAACCUGAAAAUUAAUCAUCUAUCUUUGGCUUGCAUGGUCUAAGUAUUUGUAUACUGAUUAGUUAAACUAUUGGCUUUGUUUGUGUCCUUUGUAUUCUAUUAAACAUUGUCAAACAACUUUCA